CCUCGUUCUAGUAUAAUUGUAAGUAGGUACUCGUACCUAGUCGAGUUCAAUCUUUUAGAGUGAUCGUAGACUUAGAUGAUAUGCCAUUUGCAAUGCACGAAUAUCAAAAAAUGUUUCGCAGAUAAAAAUUACAAACAUUAAAAAAAUAUAUACACAGUCGAAUUGAGAACCUCCUCCUUUUUUUGAAGUCGGUUAAAAAAUUACAUCUGUUUAAAUAUUGUGUGAUAAAUGAUAAGAAAUCGCAAGUGAAUAAAAUUGUUUUCUCAAGAUUUCGGCUCAGUUUUGAAGGAAGUGUGAAUAACAAUGGUCAUGUUGGAGCCGACAUGUGUUUCCUGUGGUCCUGCCGGGGUGAGCAUUGCUGCCGCGCUGCAGUUCUUUGCUGCGUCACAGUGCCUGCUGCAAGAGCCUUGGCCCCCGCAGGCAGAUCUUGAGAAUGGUUCAGCGUUCGACUUCAUAGUGGUUGGCGCAGGAACAGCGGGCGCGACGCUCGCUGCGCGGCUCUCCGAGCUGCCUCACCACACUGUUCUGCUGCUGGAAGCUGGUCCUGAUCCUCCGCUAGAGAGUAUUAUUCCGGAAUAUAAAGAUGUGCUCAAAGAAAGCUUCUACGACUGGAAAUUUACUACCACCAAUGAUUACUAUUCAAGCCAAGCGCUAAAAGAUGGCAGCCAAAAGCAACCUCGCGGCAAGAUGUUAGGAGGAAGUGGUUCCAUGAACAACAUGAUUUACGCCCGGGGCUUCCCCGCGGACUACGACGAAUGGGCUUCAAAAGCAGGCGAAGACUGGAACUGGUCCAAUGUUCUUCAAUACUUUAAGAAAACGGAACAUUUGACUGAUGAACGGAUAACCAGCUUCCCGGAACUAGUAAAGUAUCAUGGCUUCGAUGGGGAGAUCGAGGUCACUGGCAAGACUGAAUCCUCAUUCACUACUGAUAGGUUCCUCGAAGGGUUCAAUGAAAUAGGCUUUGAAAUCGUCUCCGAUAUGACGAAUCCUAACGUUAUAGGCGCAGGGAGAUUUUCUCACACGAUAAGAGAAGGCAAAAGACACAGUUCCUUAACAGCUUUAUUAAAUAAAGCAUCCGAAAGAGACAACCUAUUUGUUUUAAAAGAUGCACUUGUUACUCAAAUAUUAAUUGAAGAUAAUGUAGCGCAUGGCGUUCGGGUAUUGCUAGAUGAUGAAGAGUUUCAUUUUUAUGCAAAGGAAGAGGUUAUAGUAAGCGCUGGGACAUUCAAUUCAGCUAAAUUACUACUUCUAUCUGGCAUCGGACCAAAGAAGCAUUUGGAAGAGGUAGGAGUAAAAUUAGUACAAGAUUUACCGGUAGGUGAAAAUUUACACGACCAUGUCAUGGUAAUAACAUAUUUAGCUGCAGAAAAUGGCACAUGUAAUGUCGAUGAGGGAAUGAGCCAUUUUAACACAAUUAAAUAUCUUUACGAUAGAAGCGGAACUUUAGCUGCAGCUUCAGACUUAGGCGCGUAUAUUUCAUUCAAUACUAUAAACACAAACGUCCCAGAUUUUGCAAUUUAUCCUACUUGUCUGCCGUUAAAUUCAAAUUUUUUCGCAGCUUGCUCAAAUGUUUUAGGAUUUAAGGAUGAGAUUUGCGAAAAGAUUGAUACAGUGAACCAAAACUAUGAGAUUCUGUCAUUGGCUGUUGUGAAAUUGAAACCUAAAUCCAGGGGUAAGGUGAUGUUGAACUCGGAUGAUCCUUUAGACGUUCCAUUGAUAUAUUCUGGGACUUUUAGCGAUGCUAGUGAUUUAGUGAACUACCCGGAAGCUAUACAAGUGGCUCAUUCGCUUGCCAAUGCUACUUAUUUCAGGUCUAAAAAUGCUUUUGUAUUAGAUUUUGAAUUGGAGCAGUGUAAAGGGUUAAGUGAUACGAAUAAAAAGAAAUGUAUAGCCAAAGCGACCACCAUGUCGGCUUGGCACGCGGUAGGUACGGCAGCUAUGGGGACGGUAGUGGAUUCAGAGUUAAGGGUGAAAGGUGUAAGUGGUUUAAGGGUUGUUGAUGCUAGCAUAAUGCCUAAGAUUAUUCGUGGUAAUACAAACGCUCCAGUAGUUAUGAUUGCUGAAAAGGCAGCUGAUUUUAUUAAAGAUAGCCUGGUAAGACGUAACUAAUGAUUGAUUAUUACGUUUGUAUGGGCAGUUCAUCCUUCGCAGGCCUCUUAAAAUAUACUAUGUAUUUUACUAUAAAUUUAAACUAUCGUAAGAGAUUUACAUUAUAAAUAUAUAAGGACUCCAGAUCGGUUUGAAACUAGUAGGGCUCACGUCAACUAAAUACGUGAUUAAACCCGGAUACUUAGAUAGCUAUUUAUACAAGGUAUUGUUUGAUUGUAGUUAUUAUAAAAAGUGAUUAAAUGAUAUCGCCUUUUUGCGACUACAACGUGUUAUGUUAAAAAAUUUGAUUUUUGAGAAAAAAAAAAGAUUUUCAAGAGUUGGAAAUUAGUUUCUGUCGAGGUUAGGAGGACUGAGUGUUCUGUAGAGUUAACCGUUCAGUAUCAUAGAUUAAGAAACAAUGUGAAUCGAAUGUAAUUUUUGUCAAAUAAUUAGGUUUGAAUAUUGUUAGUGGAAAAUUACACUUUUCCGAAAUACCAUGUUGUAGUUGCAAUCAUAUAAUAUGUUACCAAUAGGAUUACUUAAUACUUAGAUACUUAUGUUUUUAGGGUUCCGUACGUCAAAAGGAAAAACAGAACCCUUAUAGGAUCAUUUUGUUGUCUGUCU